CGACAAACCCUUCCAACAGCGUUGACACCAGAAGAUCAGAUCAUGUCUACUGAUCCCAGCGGGAAACGGCCAAUACAGGAGCCAAUUGUUCUGACAGGUCGCGAAAAGCGCAGAGCCAUGAAUCGUGACAAACGAAAGAUCAACACUGGACGCAGUCCAUCAGCGGAAGGUUCACCUGCAGUUGGACAGCCGAUGACACCGUCUUCUGUAGCCUCAGCCAGGCUAAGGGAAAUUAUUGGUUUGCAGUCGUCGAUCCGGAAAGCAAGUUUCGCGUUAAAUACCCUAUCCUUUCAAUCGUUACCCCGAGGAUUGCGACGUCGAGCAGCCAGCCAUAACGUUAAACGACUUCCUCUACGAUUGCGAGAUAAAGCUCGACAAGAAUUUUCCAAGACACCUCCAGCACCUAAAAAACGUGUACGAAUCACGCGAAAACGCAAACCCAAAUCACUGGUGCAGGAAUUUUUGCGACGACAAAGCAAAAAAAGAUGGUUGGAAACCCACAUGUGGCAUACAAAACGCAUGAAGAUGGUGGAUAUAUGGGGUUAUCGGUUGGCGAGACGGCCGAACAUCAAAUCUGCACGCACAAUGUACCGAUCCUUUAAGCACCUCACUGUCCUUCGGGAUACCUCUUUUUACGGAGUGUUACAAGUGAAUGGCUUAAUGCAUGAUAUCAAGCUGGUGUUCGACAGUCUCACAGAUAUUUCAGUUCCAUCAAUCGGUAGUGCAAGAUAUCAUAGGGGACAACGCAUGGGACAUACCUGUCUUUAUGAACAGUACGGCUAUCCGUCACGAUUUAUUUGCCCUGUGAGCUAUUUGUGGCGACCGGUCAAGAGCGCGGAUGACACUCAAAUGCUUUGGCUUUGGAUCCACCCGUCGUCCUUCAGUCAAGCAUUGCAAAUUAUUGAAAACGCGGUGUCCAAUCUUGAAAAUAGACUCGUGAAAGAGGUGCAAGUGGUCGAUCAAAGGGAUAAUUUACUGCGAUUCGAACUGAGCGGGCCUCGUUCGACCGCACUGCUACAGUCAGUUUUGGCUCCUGUCGAGGAGAGCCAACAUGCACAGGCUGCAGGGAUGACGUCGAGCAAUGGUCAGCUAUGGAGAAAUAUUAAAAAUUUACGGUCGUCAGGUUCACUACCUCCUGGUGUAGUCAUCGGUUUGACAGUACAGGAUCCGCGGAUCAGGUUUCCACAAAAAGUGCCGCCGCGCUCCAACCACAUCCCACCUGCAGAUGCUGUGCGUAUUAACAACAUCCUCCAAAAUUGGCCUAAUGAUGUUGCUCAAUCUGACAUCUGGGACGAGCGCACAAGGACGAAACUGUAUGAAGAGAAAACAACAGAACAUACAUUGAAUGAGCGACGGAAACAGGUGCCGUUGUUAGGACUAAAACCUGAGUUCACUCCAGACGAUAAUCAAGUUCCUAUAUUACUCAUACAAAAAGGCGGCUGCGACAAUGAGAGCCGUGAAUCAAAUUCAGUGACUGCCGCCAACACCGAGUAUACCGAAGGAUGGAUUAUCAUCUUACCUCGUGGAUGGGGUCUGCCGUUCUGGAAAUCGCUCGUUUUUGCUGGAGCAAGAGUGGCCGGAUUCGAUGAUGAUCGUGCCAUGCUGUUUGAAAGCGGUCGCCCAUGCUUUCCGUUCGACUACCCGGGCAACCAAGCCUUUGAUGACAUGUGGAAACAAUAUAAGGACGAAGCCGAAGCUGCCUGGAAAAGAAAACCGCCGGCCCAUCGUAUAAACUAUGAAAAAUUGGACUUCAAAUCCCCUUUUGCGCCCGACUUUGCAUCUUUAGUUUCCAAGGAAACGAGCGAUAUGAUGGAUGUCGAUACUGCGUGUAAUCAAGAACAUUCGAAAACACCAUCCAAUUUCUGGCUUCUUCAAGGAAGCAGUAUGAUAUCCAAGGCACUGGCAAGUGAAACGAUAGAAGAAGCGCAAUCGGCAUUGGCAUCCUUUAUUCGCAAACAGUGCGAUAAACGAAAAGUCCCGAAUAGCGAUGAUACCUUCAGUUUGCACAAUGCUUUGAUCAAGGUCUCUGUACAGAAUGUAGGAUCCGGAAAGCCUAUAGCCAAUGCUCUCAUUUAUGCUAUCGAAGAACAAUCUAUUUACGAGCAGUAUGUGAAAGAAGAGUCAUCUAAAGCGUCAAACCAGCUCAACGACGAGCCAGUCAAGUCCACGAGUGAUUCGUUAUCGUGUACAGCGAUCGGAUGCUUGACAAAUGGUGGAUAUUCGCUGAUGAGUGCGUGUGGCAGCGGUAUUGGUGCAUGCACUGUUGCCGGAGUCCACAGACUGCGUCAACUGGAUGAAAGAUAUCACCGGGAAGAAAAGAUGCUGGUGCUUGUCCGAAACCCCAAUACGACGGAAUGUAAAUUAGCCCAGUUGCACAUCUUAAAUUAAUGUCUUUGAAGCGCUUGACUCAUAUGAACCAGGAACGGUUUACCAUGAUCAACACGCCUCGCUAUUUUAUGGAAAGUGGUAGCCCUGCCCACUUACAACAGAAACAUGGAACAGCUACUCUAAGCCUUGACCAAAUCCAGUCAAUAAACUGAGCUCAAGUUGAGGUCUUCCCCUGGAUGGUGCUGUCUGCAGAAUUAAAUAAUCAUAUACCGCCUACACCCAUGUUUCUCUCAAGUCAAGUUUUAUAGUUUUUUGAUGAUUAUGUUUGCCGAAUUUCUGUACAAUCGACCAUGUUUAGCAAUAACUUCCCAGUUUUCUGAAGCGUUCGUAAUGCAAGCAGAUUAGUGUCUUCUCCAUAUGCUACCUUCAAUAAAGCUCUCAAACUCAA